UAACGUAUAUGCCACAACUUUGCUGAGUAAGGCAGCAAGAAUAAAACUCAUGCAGAGGUACCAGAAGGCUAGAAUCCUGUCAAAGGUACAUAGUAAGAAUCCCCUCAUUAAUGUUAGUCCCAUAUUUCGAGAUUGAGAUUGGAUGAUUAGGUAAUAUUAUAGGAUUCUAUGUCAGCCUGUGAAAAUUAUAUUGCAACUACUGGUUUCCAAAAAACGAUGACAAAUUUAUGGUAAAAAGUUGAAAAGGAAAGAACUAGGAAUGAUGGUAUUUGGUAGGAGCACUCCUUGGCUUUUUCUCUACCACAUAAGUAGAUAAUAUAAGAGAUAUUGAAGCAUGUAUAGUGUUUUCUUUGAACCUGUGGGUAGAAGAGAAUAUAAAUGUGGGGUUUCUUACUAUGUAUUUGACAGUAGCUGAAGGAGAAGAGCCAGAUGCAGGGCUUUGGCAAUCUGCCAAGAGACUUGUUCCUCGAAGUCUGUCUCCGCCUGCCAGUAGAAUCUUUGACGCGAUUCAGGUGCGUUUGCAAAUCAUGGUAUGCUCUCUUUAAGAAUCCUAAAUUCAUUUCCAUGCACCUUAGCUAUAACAGCAGCAACAAUGAAUUUGUUCUUAUCAAGCGCUGCCUCCUAACAUGCUUAGGAAAGAAAGUAAAUAUGUUCUCAUUGGUCAGCAGCAAGGACUUUUCUUUUGCAAAUGUAGCUGUUGAUUUACCCUUGUAUAAGAAAGAGCCAUAUCUACAGCUUUUGGGUCACUGUGAUGGCAUUAUUUGUCUAUCAAAUUAUAGAGAUGACAUAGUUCUAUGUAACCCUGCUACCAAAGAAUCCACGGUUCUCCCGAAAUCCUGUCUCCCCUGUUUUUCAUCGAACCCAAAUUUGAUUCCCCGAACGAAUGCCCUGGGAUUUGGUUAUGACCUGAAAAAUCAACAAUACAAGGUGGUUAGGAUUGUGUCAUAUUUGGAGGAGUUUGGUGACCACAGCUUACCCCAACUUUCCAUGGUGGAGGUAUACACCAUGGGAACUGAUUCCUGGAGAGAAGUCAAGAAUGUCAAGGUCUCUGCCAAUGUCCAAUACUGUCCAAUUCCAUGUUUUGACACCUACUUCAAUGGAGCAUUUCAUUGGCAUGCUAUGGACUACAACAAUAAUGAAGUCAUCCUUUCAUUCGACAUGGGAGAAGAGGAGUUCCAAAACAUAUCAAUGCCAGAUUUUCUUUCCGUUUAUGAUCAUUCCAUCUGCAGGAGUCUCCUGGUGUGGAAUGGUUGCCUUGCUUUGAUAGUCUAUCCAGGAAAAGGAAUUGAAAAAUCAUUUCAGAUAUGUGUGAUGGAAAAUUAUGGGAUGAAGGAAUCUUGGACUAAAAAAUUAACUAUUGGACCUCUUGCAGGAGUUGAACGGCCAUUGAUAUUUUGGCAAAAUGAUGAAGAGAUUGUGAUGGAAGGAACUGAUGGACAGGCAGUGUCCUACAACUUCAUCACAAAAGACAUCAAGAAUCUUCGAAUUUAUGGGGUUCCAAAAUCGUUUCAAAGUCUUACUUAUGCAAAUAGCCUUGUCUCAAUCAGGAGAGGGAAUCAAUGCUUGAUGAAAUAAGUUAUUAUCGGUCAUGAAUAAUUAAGAGGUGGUUCUGUUUGAUUGACACUUUCAUUA